GCCGGUGCCAUGGGCGUUGGGCUGAGGCUGGGCCUGCUGCUGCCGCUGUUCCUGCUGCCAUGGGCCCUCGGGCAGUCCCCGGGGCUGGCAGUGGUGGCCCUGGCACUGCGCUGGUUGCUGGGGGACACCACCUGUGGAAUUCUGCUUGGCUCAGCUGUUCUGGCGCGGCCCUGGCUUGGCCCCUGGGUACCCCACUGGCUCAACCUGACUGUGGCGGCGGUCACACUGGCCCUGCUCCCACCACGGGUGCCCCCAGGGCUGCGCUGGCUGCCGGCCGAUGUGGCCUUCCUGGUCCGGAGCAUCUACCUGAGGCUACAGGUGCAAGUCCGGCUGAGCCGGCGGCCGCCCCACACCUUUGUGGAUGCCUUUGAGCAGUGGGUGCGGGAACGGCCUGACCACGUGCCCUUGGUGUGCACGGGGCCUGGGGGUCACGCAGUCACCUUCGGAGAGCUGGAUGCCCAGGCAUGCCAGGCAGCGUGGGCCCUCAAGGCCGAGUUGGGCAGCUCUGACGGCCUGUCUGUUAGGGAGCCGACUGCCCUCCUGGUCCUGCCCUCCCAGGCCAUCCCUGCCCUGGGCUUGUUGCUGGGGCUGGCCAAGCUGGGCUGCCCUGUAGCCUGGAUCAACCCGCACAGCCGGGGGGGUCCUCUGGUCCAUGCCGUCCUGAGCUCUGGGGCCCGGCUGCUGGUGGUCGACCUAGACCUCCGGGAACACCUAGAGGAGGUCCUUCUUCAGCUGCAGGCUGAGAACGUCCGCUGCUUCUACCUCAGCAAGGUGUCCCCAACGCCAGGCGUGGGGGCUCUGGGGGCCGCCCUGGAUGCUGCUCCCUCGGUCCCGGUGCCUGCUCACCUCCGUACAGGGAUCACCCAGAAAGACCCUGUCCUGUUCAUCUACACCUCAGGAACCACCGGACUCCCAAAGCCGGUCAUCUACACACAUGAGCGGCUGCUGCACGUAGUAAGUCUCCUGUCCGUGUGUGGGGUUACAGCUCAGGAUGUCAUCUACACGGCCCUGCCUCUAUACCACACAACGGGGCUCAUCCUUGGAGUCCUUGGAGUCCUACAUCUGGGAGCCACUUGCAUCCUGGCCCCUAAAUUCUCUGCCUCCAGCUUUUGGGAUGACUGUCGGAAGCAUGGUGUGACUGUGAUCAUAUAUGUGGGUGAGAUCCUGCGGUACCUGUGUCAUGUUCCCCAGCGACCCGAGGACCAGAAGCACAAGGUCCGCCUUGCUUUGGGCAUCGGGCUCCGGGGAGAAGUGUGGGAGAAGUUCCAGCAGCGAUUCGGCCCCAUUCGUAUCUGGGAAUGCUAUGGCUCCACAGAGGGCAACUUUGGCUUCAUCAACUACCCAGGGCGCUGUGGGGCCCAAGGCAAGAGUAGCUGCCUCCUUCAAUGGCUGUCCCCUUUUGAGCUCCUGCGGUUUGACCCGGAGUCUGUGGAGCCCAUGAGGGAUGAUCAUGGCUUCUGCAUCCCUGUGGAGCCAGGGGAGGCAGGUCUCCUUGUGACACGAGUGACUAAAUACGCCCCCUUUCCGGGCUACCACGGCCCCCGAGAGCUGACGGAACGGAAGUUGGUACGGGACGUGAGGCGCCCGGGCGACGUUUACUUUAACACUGGAGAUGUGAUGGCCAUGGACCGCGAGGGCUUCCUCUACUUCCGCGACCGCCUCGGAGACACCUUCCGAUGGAAGGGGGAAAACGUGUCCACGCGGGAAGUGGAGAAAGUGUUGUUACUCGUGGACUUCCUGCAAGAUGUGAACGUCUAUGGCGUAUCGGUGCCAGGUUGUGAGGGCAAGGUGGGCAUGGCUGCCGUGCAGCUGGCCCCCAGCCAAACAUUCGACGGGCAGCAGCUGUACCAGUAUGUCUGUGCUUGGCUCCCUGCAUACGCUGUCCCCCACUUCAUCCGUAUCCAGGAUGCUCUAGAGCUCACCGGCACCUUCAAGCUGAUGAAGUCUCGACUGGUGCGUGAAGGCUUCGAUGUGGGCACCAUCACUGACCCCCUGUACAUACUGGACCACCAGGCCCAGGCCUUCCAGCCCCUGACAGCAGACACGUACAAAGCUGUGUGCAACGGGACCUGGAGACUCUGA